AUGGCCAAGAAUCUACUGCGGAGAGAGCCAUCAUUGGCGAUCGGUAACGGCUCGGGGAAAGCGAGACGUCUUGGGUAUUGUCUCCGAGAAAACCCCAAGAAAUCGUGGAAAUUCUUGGGGCUGAUGGAAAAUGCCCAAGAAAAUCCGUGCUCGGUCUGCCACAAGCGAUUCAGGUCCACGACAGCUCUGUUUGGCCACAUGAAAAUUCACUUGAGCAAGGACGACGAGCGCUGCGACUGGUGCGCGGACCGUGGCAAAGGGUCCGGGUCAAUGAAAUCUUGCCAGGAUCGUGCGAGGCCGAUCCACGACGGGGAGAGAUUGAAUUUGAGUCUCUCCAGUGAAGAUCGCUAUGUGGGCUUGAGUAAGAAGACCAAAGGUGAUCUCCUGCUUAGCGUUUUAUUUGACGACGAGGCAAUGCACAUGACCAGGAGGAAGAGGACACCGCGAGUCAGCUUCGAUGUCGAUGAAAGAACUGAGGGAGUUCUGUUUUCCGCACCAAAUGGGUUUUCGCUCAGUAGCGAGGCCGAGCAAGACCAGGCAAACGAAGCAGCAGUUGAAUUGAUGAUGAUGUCCCGAGGUGAGGCGGGUUUCAAUUCUUCAGGUUUGGGCAUCGAACAUUUCCGGAAGAGCUCGGCCCUGGAAUUCAUUGACAUGGAAAAACUGAGGAUAACUGAAGCAUCCGAGGACAAUGAACGCCAUUCAAGAGGCUAUACGAGAAUGGAGCAGGAAGGGGUCGAAUUGGAGGUUCCUGCCGGGAUGCUUUGUGGGGCUUGGGAAGUUGAGCACAAAAUGCGUGAAGCAGCCAGAUCAGACGAACAGCCAACGUAUGAGGUAGCGAUGAUGGAUCGUGACAUGAUGCAAAUUGCGCGUUCUGAUUCGAGAGCUAAAGCAGAACUAUGGAUUGAACCAGGGUUAACUUCACACCGAGAUAAUGUCUGCGCUGAGGAAUCCCCAGUUUUCAGUGAAUUGGGUGAGCAAAAGAAGCAUAAAAGCAAGGACACUGAGAGCUACAAACAGGAUGCUCCAAUCGAUGCUUCUUGGGGGAUUGAAGGGAAUCGUGGAUGUGCGGAACCCGAGAGCCUCAAGAACUACUCAGAGAUGGUGAAAAGGCACAGAUGCUCAAUAUGCCGCAAGGAUUUCUCAUCGGGCCAAGCUUUGGGCGGUCACAAGAGGGCUCAUUACGUGAAGAAUCCUGAAACCAAUGCAGAAAUGCCGACAACCGCAGCCACACAGCAAAGGCUCGGAGACAUAACUAACAUGGUUGAUCUUUAG